AUGCAGACAAAGUUCCAGGUAAAGGUAUUUGUUGAAGAAACACUCCGAAAAGGUGUUCAAGGCCUUAUCGCUGAAUUCAAAGGAAUGAGGCGUAUGAAUGACUUCAAUCUUAUGACCGAGUUUGUGGUUCAGAAUCCACUGGGCCGUAAUAGAUACAAGGAUGUUGGUUGUCUCGACAAUUUUCGGGUCAUACUUACCAUUGGAAAUGUACAAUACAUUCAUGCAAACUAUGUUUCCACACCAGUCAGUGCGAAAAGGUUUAUUUGUACUCAG